ACAGCAACCGCAAACACCAAGCUGUUUGUUUGGUAACAGAAGAGCAUUGCGAUGAUAUCCACAGCGGAUUGAUUGAGAGCAGAGGUGAUUUGUGUCGAGUUGGGUUGUGUGGGUGGUAUCCGAUCUCUUUCGUAAACAGCUGCUACAGCCAUGUCGUUCCGAAUGUCGAGCGCAUCAUCCGGAAUGGGUGUGGCGGAUGAAUGCAAACAUGCAUUCCUGGAGCUCAAGAGGAAGAAGGUGCAUCGAUACGUGGUCUUUAAGAUCGAUGAGAAAACCAAGCAGGUGGUGGUAGAGAAGACUGGCGGCCCUGCUGAGAGCUAUGAUGAUUUCACCGCUGCUCUCCCUGACAAUGAUUGCCGCUAUGCUGUCUAUGACUUUGAUUUCGUCACCAAUGAGAAUUGCCAGAAGAGCAAGAUCUUCUUCAUUGCAUGGUCCCCUGACGUAUCCCGAAUCAGAGCAAAGAUGCUUUAUGCUACCACUAAAGACAGGUUGCGAAGGGAACUUGAUGGUGUUCAUUACGAGGUUCAGGCCACUGAUGCUACUGAAAUUGAUAUUGAUGUUAUCAAAGACCGUGCAAAUUAGAUUGGAACCAUUUAUUUAUACCUUAAGAUAGCAACAGGUGUGAAGAUUAUGACUGUUGUCUAUUGCAGUGUCCUCUGUUUGCAGUAUGACCAGAGUACUAACUGCAGUUUGCAUUUAUUAGACUGUGUGACUUCUUAUAUGAUGCAAAGUAAACACUUAUAUUUGCAGUAUUCUUAUUUUGGGAAUAGCUGGAAAUGUUGGAACAAAUUUGGUGCUCAAUAUUAUCCUUUAUAUGAAUGUCUGGAAUUUGCGAAGAAUAGCAAAUCCAAAUAUCUAAUGUGAUUCAGAAGCAAAGAUCUGAGCCCAAAGUUUUAAUCUUGUUACAAGGGUUACUGUGUUUUUUAUUGGCUACUAAAGUAUAUGUAUUUUUUUUAUUAAAGGUCAUUGCUGUUUAGACUGGUAAUGCUGUGCACUGCUAGGGGUAAAACCCCAAAACCAGGUUUACUACCAUGUAAAUGUUAUUUUUCAGAAUUUUGAUUGAACUACUGUUGGAUGAA